AUCGCAAAGAAAGGAAAAAACAAACCGAGGGAAAAACAAAAUGCUCUAUAUAUAAGCGCCGAUCGUGGGAAGAAUGAAAAAACACAUCUUUUUCUCUCUCAACACCUUUCCUUCACCAUCAGAGAGAGAGAGAGAGAUAUGGAUUCAGCAACUCCACCGUCGCCGGAGCUGAGGCUAGACGAGUUAAGAGCACUCAAGGUCCUGGGUAAGGGUGCCAUGGGUACCGUCUUCCUCGUCAAUGACGUCGUUGCCGAUCCUUCUGCUCGCUGCCCCUUCGCCCUCAAGGUCGUCGAGAAAUCCUCUGUCCACAACAAGCUCGACACCGACCGUCGUGCCCGCUGGGAAAUCCAUGUCCUCUCUCGCUUGACUCACCCGUUUCUUCCUUCCCUUUUAGGGACAUUUGAGAACCAUCAAUUCUUGGCCUGGGCCAUCCCUUUUUGUCCGGGCGGCGACCUCAACGUCCUCCGUUACCGUCAAACUGAUCGGGUGUUCGCCCCUGCCGUCAUUCGCUUCUAUUUGGCAGAGAUCAUCUGCGCAUUAGAGCAUCUUCACGCACAGGGCAUCGCCUAUCGUGAUUUGAAGCCGGAAAACGUCCUCGUCCAGCAGUCCGGUCACGUGACCCUGACGGACUUCGAUCUGUCUCGAAAUCUCGCCCCCAAAACUAUCAAAAAUGCCAUCACCGUCGAACAAAAUCUGUCCGACAACCGAGGCAAGCAUCGCCGGAAUUUCACGCGUUGGAUUCCAGUCCCACAGGAUAUUAUUCAUAUCAAAAGAGGAUUGAAGAAGGCCAAGUCCGCCAGAGUCAUCCCGGUGAGCAGGAGGAAAGCGAGUUUCUCCAACGGGGAGCGUUCUAACUCGUUCGUUGGCACCGAAGAAUACGUUUCGCCCGAGGUUGUCCGCGGCGAGGGACACGGGUUCGCCGUCGACUGGUGGGCCCUGGGCAUAUUGACGUACGAGAUGUUAUACGGCACGACGCCGUUCAAGGGAAGGAAUCGGAAAGAAACGUUCUGCAACGUUGUGACGAAAGCGCCUGAAUUCGCAGGGAAGCGAACGACCUUAACAGACCUGAUAGAACGGUUGCUGCAGAAAGACCCCACAAAGCGAUUGGGUUACGCUCGGGGUGCCAGCGAGAUCAAGGAGCACGGGUUCUUCAAAGGGGUCCGGUGGGACCUACUAACAGAGGUAGUACGGCCGCCGUUUAUUCCGUCGAGAGAGAACGGGGACUGGACGGGGCUGGCGGGCGCCGGCGGGGCGGACAUAGGGGAAUACUUGGAGAGAUUAAGAUCGCGGUCACCGGCGAAACGGCGGGAUACUUGUUUAACAGAAUUCUGACGCUUGUGUUUAGGGAUCAGUUAUUCAGUGAAGGGACUGUAAUUGGAGGGUACACAGAAGAAGGGAAGAAUGCGAGAAAAGGGGAUUAGGAUAAUUAGGGGGGAGGGGGGAAAUCUUGUGGUAAACGAUAGGCUUAGGUGUAAGAGCUGUACAUUACGGUUGUUUAAGUUGUUAACAAGAUAAAACCACUUCUCAAGUGUUGUCAACAUGCUC